UAUAGAGAAAAGUAUUACAUCCGGUACCACGAGUAGCGAGCAACAGUUUCAGAAGCAAGUUGGCUCUCAUGGGAGCACAUGAGGAGGACUGUGUGCUGCUGCAGAUAUUGAAGAGACCAGCAGUUUUUCACCAAGAACAUGGAGAAGAUGUCACGGGUUACCACAGCUCUCAGCAGCAGUGCCAUCAGUGGCCGGACUAUGUUCUGCCACUUGGACGCCCCUGCCAACGCCAUCAGCGUGUGCCGUGAUGCCACGCAGGUGGUGGUGGCUGGCCGCAACAUCUUCAAGAUCUACGCACUGGAGGAGGAGCAGUUUGUGGAGAAGCUGAAUCUCCGUGUUGGUCGCAAACCCUCGCUCAACUUCAGCUGUGCGGAUGUAAUGUGGCACCAGAUGGAGGAGAACCUGCUGGCCACGGCUGCCACCAACGGGGCAGUGGUCACCUGGAACCUGGGAAAACCUUCACGUAACAAGCAGGACCAGCUGUUUACUGAGCACAAACGCACCGUCAAUAAAGUGUGCUUCCACCCCACAGAGGUAUACAUGCUGCUAAGUGGAUCGCAGGAUGGCUUCAUGAAGUGCUUCGACCUGCGCAAGAAGGAAUCUGUCAGCACUUUCUCAGGUCAGUCUGAAAGUGUCAGGGACGUCCAGUUCAGCAUGAAGGAUUAUUUCACAUUUGCUGCAUCCUUUGAGAACGGUAACGUCCAGCUGUGGGACAUCAGACGGCCAGACCGCUAUGAGCGAAUGUUCACCGCUCACACAGGCCCUGUGUUCUGCUGUGAUUGGCACCCUGAUGACAGAGGAUGGUUGGCCACAGGAGGCAGAGACAAGAUGGUGAAGGUCUGGGACAUGACAACCAACAGGGCCAAGGAGAUCUACUGUGUACAGACAAUUGCCUCAGUGGCACGAGUCAAGUGGCGGCCUGAGAGAAAGUUUCAUCUGGCCACCUGUUCCAUGAUGGUGGACCACAACAUCUAUGUAUGGGACAUUCGCAGACCUUUCAUUCCCUUCGCCACCUUUGAGGAACACAAAGAUGUGACCACUGGUAUCGUGUGGCGCCACCAGCACGACCCUCACUUUCUGCUCUCUGGCUCUAAGGACAGCACACUCUACCAGCAUAUGUUCAAGGACGCCACUCGUCCCGUGGACAAGGCCAACCCCGAGGGUCUGUGCUUCGGACUCUUCGGCGACUUGGCCUUUGCAGCCAAGGAGAGUCUGAUAAGCAGUGACGCUAACAGAAAGCCUUACCCUGGAGGCGACCGCCGCUACCCCAUCUUUUUCUUCAAGAAGCCCGACCCGACAGAACAGUUUGCCCAUGUGUCCAGUGCUCUUAGCGUCUUUGAGACGGACUUGGACAGUAACCGCAUGGACUGGUUUGUCAAGACAGCACAACUCUACCUCCUCAGUGGGAAGCCGUUUGCAGAGCUGUGUGAUCACAAUGCCAAGGUGGCCCGGGAGCUCAGAAGACCUCAGGUUUCCACAACGUGGACCAUGCUAAGAAUCAUGUUCUCCGACCCAGCAAACCUCACAGCGUCUGGUCCAAACCACAACCUCAGCAAAUUGGGCACCUUGCCUUUAAUGAACAGUUUUAGCAUGAAGGAAAUGGGCUCGGGGAUGGGCACAGAGAGCAGACUGGAGCGCAGCAAAGGUGAGAGCAGGCAGGACAACAUCCACCUGGAGCCUGGAAACUUGCACAUCAGCAAUAAUAAUGAAGAAAAUGAGGAGACAGAGGGCAGUGAGGGCCAGGCUGAGUAUAUGUUUGGUGAUGCUGAGUUAGAUGAUGAUGACCUCUACUCUAUGGAGCAUGACAACCAAACAGAAGAGCAGGAGUACACGCUGCCCCAGGAGGCCUUCCAGCUGCGCCACGAGAUCGUGGAUAACCCGUCUGCCCCUGAGCACCUUCAGCAGGACAAGGCUGACUCCCCACAUGUCAGCGGCAACGAGGCGGAGGUCACUUGCCUGACACCCAUCGAGUCCUUUUCUCUCAUCUCCAUUUCCCAGCCGCUGUUCAGCCCACAUCUACCUGCCAGCUUCUUCUGCCCCAUUGUGCGGGAGAUGCUGAGCUACUACGCUGAGCAGGGCGACGUGCAGAUGGCAGUGUCUGUGCUUAUCGUCUUGGGGGACCGGAUCCGUAAAGAGAUUGAUGAUCUCACCCAGGAGCACUGGUACAUGUCCUACAUAGACCUGUUGCAGCGAUUUGAGCUGUGGAACGUGUCCAAUGAAGUCAUCAAGCUGAGUACGUGCAGCGCCAUCACCUGCCUGAACCAGGCGUCUACUACACUGCACAUCAACUGCAGCAACUGUAAGCGACCAAUGAGCAACAAGGGGUGGAUCUGUGACAGGUGCCACCAGUGUGCCAGUGUAUGUGCGGUGUGCCACCACGUGGUGAAGGGACUGUUUGUGUGGUGUCAGGGCUGCAGCCACGGUGGACAUCUGGAGCAUAUAAUGAACUGGCUGAAAAGCAACACUCACUGCCCUGCCGGCUGCGGUCACCUGUGUGAGUACACUUGAGUUCAUUACAACCACCGUUCACACAGCUGGUCCUCUGUGGGAGUGGGAAUUGGUCCUCACGCAGGCCUGGAUCAUCACAAACACAACACAGACAGAUGAGAUGUCUUCAUCCCUCUGCGAGGGCCUUUAGUGAUGUGUCACUGUGGAAAGCAGCAGUGGAAGUGAGAUUAGCCAAAAGGUCUGACCUACUGAGUCUGAAGGACGAUUAGUUUUAUACAUGCUCUCCUGGAAGGCUAUUCACAAGCAAACACAAUUGUGUGUGAAUUCACGUUUGCACUUGAAUUGGUUUUUGAACCGUUGGUGAAUUUGUACAUGAGCAGAUCUGGUGAUAUUCAAGUAAUUUAACAAUAUAUUUCUUGAAUUCACAUUUGCUGCAUUUUACAUUGUUUUUAAAUCCCUCAGUUAAACCUCCAAGGCUGUACGGCAAGAGCUGUUUGCUCAUCUUAAGUGGAUUGUUAAUGUUUGUACAUAAUGCGCAAAAUGGAUUUUGAAAGACUGUAGAUAAUGUUGAAUUAAUUUAUAUGAGAAAUAGCUCUCUAUUCAAGCAGCUCAUUAAAGCAAUACCUUCUGAAUUGACACUUUGAGUUGUCCCCGAACAAUAAUGCCUGUUUUGUCCCCUACAUUCACCAGAAAAGGCUUCCCUUCUUUGCAGCUUUCACAUCAUUCACAUGUGUAGUGGUAUGGCACACCUGGCAGCUGCCCAGUACAUCCAGUCCCAGUGGAACAGUGUGGGUAAAACGUCUUGCUCGAGUGUAGCUUAGAGAGAAAUAAGAACACCACUUAUUCAUUUUCCUCAAACACACUCUAUUCUCACGGGCCCAGAAAUCCCAACUGGCAACCCGCCAACAUCUCUAGCCUCUAGUCCACCAGCUACACACAACGUGUGCUGCUCAGAGUAACAGUCGUUUGCUUGUCAUAUUUUAUAUAUCUCACUGACUGCUGGUGAAAUAUACAACAGAUAAGUGUAGAAGCAAACAGAGACGACGUCUGUCGAAAUAAACCUCAACAGAACAGCUUUGUCUUGGGUGAAAUUUGACUGUUACUAAAUAAAAAUCCCUGUUACAUCCAGUACUGUGUAGUCUGACGGCAGCUGGGUGGAGGAUUUUACAGUCUAGUUGUCAGUGUUACUGGCAGACUUUCACAAGAUGAGUAAAUUACCACAGAGAAUAUUUUAUCAACUCUCAGCACUGAUUAUGUUUAUUUGGGCACAUUUACAUUCUGGAUGCUGCUCAGCAUCACAAGUGUUGGUCUUCCACUCCUGUCUGCCAUCAAGUCUGUGAAUGUGCAGCAGAGCACCACUACAGAUGAUAGUCCUCCGCUCAUUGACCUUAUUUACUGAAAAUUCUGUUUGGUUUUAGUGACAUUAUAAGAAUCCUGGACUCCAAACAGGAAUGCUUUCAGACAUUUCAGAAUGCAUACAAAUCGGACAACACUAGAAAUAAAAGAUGACUUAGUCAUUAGUUACUCAUCACCCUCUCUAUGGCAGCUUAAUAUAACACUAGUAAAGCAAUCCAUAUUUCCCAUUAACUAGUAAUGUAGUAAAUUGAUAUUUUGGUCUGAGAAAAAAAAAAUUGUUGUUGUCCUGUCAAUUACAAGCGCAGAGCAGUGAUGUAUGAGCUGGCCGGAGUCUGUGCUCAUUUAAAAACCUGCAGGCUGGAGGCUGCUGUAUCUGGAUCAACAGCCGAAGCCAAGCUCAGCCAACAUCCACGUUGUGCCAAGGUUGUUACCGAGCAGCAACUGUCAUCACAUCGAUUUACCGCCAAGGCCCUGGGCACAAUAGAAAAUGUUCAGAUGUACUCCAUAUGAGGACAUCCCAACAAUCAGAGGGGAAAUCCCUGACACCCCCCCCCCCCCCAAUAAUCUGAACCACUUGAUUUAAUCAAACGUCUUGACAGGACCUGGUGUUUCUGACAAUUACAUAUUAAGUCCCAGAGUGAAGAUAAGCACUGUUCAGUGUUUAGCUCAAAGAGACAAACAUUUAAAAUGUUCAAACCAUUGUUGUUUUUCUUACUAGGAUCUGAUUACACCCUGUAAUUCAUUUAAAUAAUAAAAAAAAGAUUCUG